GUCCACGCGCUCCCCGCCAACACCUCUCGAUCCGCCAAUCAACUCCACAGUACCUGUUCCUGAUCCUCUGUUGGCUCGUCCCACAGCAUCUCACCUACAGGUGGGCACGUUUUACCUUAAUGCCGUUCAUCGUCACGUGACGUGUCGUUACGUGACGUGGGGCUGUCAGGGGAGUCAGGUGAGGCGGAAGUGGAGCGAAGAGAGGAGCCGUCGGCAGGUAAACAGUCGGAGCAGAGAGGAAGAAGAGAGAAAAUGAGUAACCCGAUCCCGUCCAACAUGAGGUCGGAGGCCAAGAAAGCCGCCAAGAUCCUGAGAGACUUCACGGAAAUCUCCAACAGGAACGGACCGGACAAACUCAUCCCGGCUCAUGUGAUAGCGAAGGCGGAGGGUCUGGCCAUCAUCUCCGUCAUCAAGGCCGGCUUCAUGAUCACAGCCAGAGGAGGCAGCGGCAUCGUCAUCGCCCGCCUGGCCGACCGACGCUGGUCAGCACCUUCUGCCAUCGGCAUCGCUGGUCUGGGUGGAGGCUUUGAGAUCGGGGUGGAGGUGUCGGACCUGGUGAUCAUCCUGAACCAGCGCCGGGCCAUCGAGGCCUUCACGAAGGGCGGGAACCUGACGCUGGGCGGGAACUUCACGGUCGCCGUUGGACCGAUGGGCAGGAACGUGGAGGCAGACGUGGCUCUGCGCAGCACGGCGGCGGUCUUCACCUACGCCAGAUCCAGAGGUUUGUUCGCAGGUAUUUCUCUGGAGGGAUCUUACCUGAUCGAACGCAAGGACACCAACCGCAAGUUCUACUCCCAGGACAUCCGUGCAUCGGCCAUUUUAAACGGCGAAGUGGAGCCGCCGUCAGAGUGCUCCGACCUCUACCACAUCCUGGAGGCCUACACCGAGGCGUACGAGGCCGACUGGUGCAGCAAGAACAUGCGCUCCAAGUCGGCGGGUCCUUCCAGACCGCCAGCUCCUCCUCAGCAGAGAGCGUCGGCCAGCUACGAGCCUCCGAACACCAACACCGACCAGAGUACUGGUGCAGCUAAAGGCAGUAAGAACAUCCUCUAUCCGAGCAUCUCCAUGUAUAAAUCUGACACCUCAGGUCAGUCCUCCUCCAGGAACUCUCCACACUCCGUGGGCGGAGCCAGCGGUCAGCUCGUCGUCACGGCGACCCACCCGUACACGGGUCAGCAGCCCGGCGACCUGAGCUUCGUCCCUGGCGACCGCAUCACCGUCAUCACCAAGACCGACUCACAGUACGACUGGUGGGAGGGAGAACUGGCCGACGGGCGGGUCGGGAUCUUCCCCGCCAACUUCGUGUCAUUCUGACCGGCGCCGGCCCGAUGGAGGAACUGCGUCCACACAGCAGCUUCUACAGGAGGCGUUCACAGCCAAGACGGUGUGAAGACGGUCGACUGGCUCGAGUCUGAGAAUCAAUUUUAAAGCUUUCGGCUCUCGAAUCAUCGUCACUGUUUUCUGAAUUGUUGUUUGGACCAAAAUGUUUCGGUUGAACUGCGAUAAAAGAUAAAAGAAAAGUUAGAAACUCAAGUUUAAAGAAGUUAAAUUUAAAAUAGCAGCGACGGCGACUUUGUUUCUGCACUUGUAGUAAAAAAGGGUUGAAAGAUUUUUUUUCUUGUUGUUGGAGUGAAAUGUGUUUCUCUGAGCUGUGAGAGGUGAAGAAACACAGUCAGAAUGUCUGAAUGAAAACUUUUAUCUCUUGAAGUAAAGAAUCAUUAUUUUCUGCACAGCUGACCUGCAGUGGUGAGUUCAGGGGCCUGUGAAGUGUCUGAAAUCUCAGCACUUGUGGAGGUCAGGUUAUGAGCGCAGCCUCGUGUCGGGGUCCGACAUGCUUUCAUAAUUAAUGAUUAAUUAUCAACUUUGAAAUACACCUUGUUGUUUUUUUGGACUGUUCAUAUCAAAAAAUAUUUAAAGCUUCUGGGAUCUGUUACUUCCUCACCUCCACCUUUACCUUUACCUUUACCUCCACCUUCACCUUCACCUUCACCUCUAACGUCUCUGCUGCGGGUGGUGAGAAUGUAUUUUUGUAUCUGCUCAUGUUUUAUACAUAACGACCACGACAGGAAGAGUUCUGUUCGCUAAAAUAAUCAUGUGGUGUUUUGGUGAAUGAUUUUUUUUAAUGGAUAAUAAAUAAAAACAACUUUUUAAAGAA